CCAGCCAGCAGCCGUUGGCCCUCCUACGGGCAUCCUCCGACGCUCAUUCCCAUGAACGCGGCCGCCCAGAUGCGCGCACUCCGCCUACGGCCCUCGCUGGCUCCGCCGCGGACCUGCCUCCGGCCCCUUCGCACACCAACAAGAUAUUCUUCCUCCUCCUCCACCUCCUCCACCACCACCACCUCCUCCUCCUCCUCCGCCGGCGAAACCGCAACCACCGCGCGCUCCACGGCCACCCGAGCAAAGAACCUCAUCUACGGCACCCUCCUAACGCUAGGCCUCGGCUUCGGAUACCUCUACAUAACCGACACGCGCGCCAGCAUCCACUCAUGGCUCGCCGUGCCCCUGCUCCGCCGCCUGUACCCCGACGCCGAAGACGCGCACCACGCCGGCACCACCAUCCUCAAGACGCUCUACUUAUUCAACCUGCACCCGCGCGAGCGGCCCAGCGGCAGCGGCGCCGACGACGUCACCAGCUCCUCCGACCUGCAGGUUGAAAUCUUCGGGCACACGCUGAGCAAUCCCCUGGGGACAUCGGCGGGCAUCGACAAGGGGGCCGAGAUCCCCUCUGCACUAUUCGCAUUAGGUCCCGCGAUCGUAGAGGUCGGCGCCGUGACACCCCUGCCGCAGGAGGGUAAUCCGAAACCCCGCGUUUUUCGCCUGCCGAGCCAGAAUGCAUUGAUCAAUCGGUACGGGUUCAAUUCCGAGGGCGUGCAGACGGUGGGGAUGCGGUUGCGGCAGCGGGUAAGGGAAUUCGCGUACCGAGCGGGUUUCGGAAUGGACGAGGAGGCGGAGAGGCGGGUGUUGGAUGGGGAGGCGGGUGUGCCGCCGGGGAGUUUGAUACCCGGACGGUUGAUGGCGGUGCAGGUGACGAAGAAUAAGGGGACGAGUGAGAGGGAUAUCGAGGCUGUUGUUAGGGAUUAUACGGCAGGUGUGAGGCAUUUGGGCAAAUAUGCGGAUAUCAUCGUGGUCAAUGUGUCGAGUCCCAAUACCCCGGGGUUGCGCAGCUUGCAGAAUGUGGAGCCGUUGACGCGGUUGCUGAGGGGUGUUGUGCAGGCCGUGGGGCAGGUGGAGAGGAAGACGAAGCCUGCGGUUAUGGUCAAGGUGAGCCCGGAUGAGGAUGAGGAGGAGCAGAUACGGGGGAUUUGUGAGGCGGUUUGGGAGGCGGGCGUCGAUGGUGUGAUUGUGGGGAAUACGACGAGGAGGAGGCCCGAGCCGCUGCCUAGGGGGUUUAAGUUGGAGGCGAAGGAGGCGCAGGUUUUGAUGGAGCAGGGUGGGUAUUCUGGGCCGCAGAUGUUUGAGCGGACGUUGGGGUUGGUGAGGAGGUAUAGGAGGGUUUUGGAUGAGGGGCCGAGGCGGGGGGUGCUGGGGAGGGAGGGACAUGAAGAGGGAGUGGGAAAGGAAGAGGGAGGGGCAGAGGGCGAUGCGAAGAGUGCUGCUGAGGCGAGGAAUGAGACGCCUGCGGUUGAAGAGAAAGCGGUGCAUUCUACCAACUCCCCUCCGAUCGAUACCUCUCCCAUGGAUAUCUCAGAACUACCCUCCUCCUCCCCGUCAACGAGUACGACUACCGUCGACGGUACCAUCGAACCCACCUCUGCCUCUGUACCCUCUACACCCUCUACACCCUCUACACCCUCUACACCCACUCCUCCCCCUUCCCCCGCCUCUCCCCUUUCACCAGCAGCAGGAGCACCAGGACCCCGCAAAGUCAUCUUCGCGACGGGCGGAAUCACGAAUGGGCGCCAGGCAAAGGAGAUUCUGGACGCGGGCGCUAGCGUCGCCAUGGUGUAUACGGCGCUGAUUUAUGGUGGGGUGGGCACGAUUACGAGGAUGAAGGGGGAGAUUAGGGAGGAGAGGGCGAAGGAAAGGGAGGGGCAGGGGAAGAGGUAGUAGUUGGAUGGUGUUGAAGGGUGGGAUGUGUGUAUAACUUGUAAGAGAUGCAAGGGCUUUGGACCAGUAGGUGGGGCAUAGAAAUAGAGAGCAGGAUUCAUAUUGUACGUGUAUGUGGUAUGUAACGUAGAAUAGGCUCACCCACUCGUGACGCAAUGCACUGAUAGGCGGUAACAGGCAGAAAGAAAACGAAGAGAUGUAUAAGAAAACAAAUGGAUGGAUGGAUUCGGGGUAUACGUAAGAUCCAUGCCGACUAAAUAAGAAAGUAAAAACAAAAAAAAAUAGAU